AUGACUUCUGCACAUCCUGCCGAACGGCCGCUGGCUAACAUGGUCGCUGCGGUAAGUCAAGAACCAGAGUCUCCUUCCUCUUUAUACAAACCCACUCCCAUCCCUCCGCGAUUCCUCGAGCCCGCGUUGCAUGAUCCUUUCCAAGUUCACGGACAGGAGAGUGCAACUUUGAGGGCAAGAGCGUCCGAAACCUUCGCCUGCCCCCGUGCACCUGCCCAGUACUAUGGCCAUCCCCACUUUGCGGACGCACUUAGCGAGAACGCCCGUUCACUCGCCUUCCCGCGCUCAUAUUCUUUGCCCACACGCCGCCGAUCGCUUUCACCAGAGCCGAGAAUGCUGCCCGACUCGCGCCUGCCUACGACUACUCCGGACGCAGUCGAAGGCGACGAACUACGACCUUCGAGCACCACUCUGACAGAAUCACAGAACCACCACAUGCGCAGCUCGCCACCCAUUCAGCCUGGAGAGCAAAACUUUCCUGGCAAACUUCCUUCCUUUUCUGAGUUUCUCCACACUACGCGGACUACCACACCCCCGCGGACGCCUCAGCGUCGAAAUGACUCUGCUGAAAGCUCUCCCCACGUGCAACCUCAGUUUGAAGAUGUAUCUUGGUCAGACAGUAAGAGAAGGCGCGUCGACACUCUCGGCGAUAUCUACGAGCCGCCUGUGCAGGGCCGUCGGAUGAGCAAUGCCAUAGACCCUGCCCUUUCUGGCUACUCGCCCCGCAUCGCCCAGCAGCAUGCAGUGCAGCCCGUAGGAUCUGGCAUGCUUCAACGUCCAAGUCACUCAUACGCGGCACCCCAACAGCAGCCAAUGCCUGUCAACCCGCACAUGCGACAUCAGUCAUCACCAGUACCCCAAGGCCACAUGUCUUACGCGCCACCAUCUCUCCAGCAACCUAUCGGGCAGAGCCCUUUCCAGCAGCCCAUGGUUCAGCAAAGUGCCAUGUACGAGCCACGACACAGCUACUAUCACGAGCCCCAAGCUGCUGUCUACGGUGGCUACGAGCGACCGAAUGACUCCUUCUUCACUCGGCCUGGCUACCCAAGUUACGACUCACAGUAUGGCGACAUUCGCUUCCAGCAGCACGUAGGCCUUGAUCACAACGCAUUCAACAGGAAGCGCCGAGGGAACCUGCCCAAAGAAGCUACCAACUUGCUGAAAGAUUGGUUCGCCGCCAACCGAACAUCGCCUUAUCCCACGGAAGACCAGAAGAUGGAGCUCUGCAACCGGACUGGAUUGAGUCUCAAUCAGGUAUCCAACUGGUUUAUCAACGCUCGUCGUCGUGCUCCACAAAAGGAACAGCGAGAGCGUGAAGCCAAUGGCCCAGAGGCAUAGUGUCUCAUCCAAACGGGGCCCGCCCAAGAAAAGCGCGACCAACUACUAGGCGCUGGGACGCAUCGGAAUCUUCCAUUCAACCUUCAUCAUGACGAGUUUAAUCGCGCACAUCAUUCACUCCCUUCGGCUUUCGGCAUUCUGGUGGAGCCAGAAGCAUCUGGAUACUUUCGUUUCUUGGGCAGCCUGUAUCAUCGCAGCCUUCCUGCGGGCAUUUUCGGAUGUUGCGACCUUGACCAGGCGCAUGGAUGAUCUGGCAAUUUUCUUUCAGU